UCCAUGAAUGUAAAUGUCUCUUCUAAUAAUAUUCAAAGCAAUAUCUGUCAGAGUUAUUUAUUUUAUUUAUUGUUUUAUCGGAAUAUGGAGAGUUGUCGAAACUUAUGGAAAUAGUAAUUAUUGGUGGAUGUUAGCUUUACUUCUUGGGAUUUUAUUCGAAACUUUGUUAACUUUUUAUCGAAGAGGAGGAAGAGAGUGGAAAUGGUUUUCGCCAGCAAUAUUCUUCUACAUGGCUGCAACUCUUCCUUGCAUAUGGUUGCUUGAACUACAUCUAAUGGGACUGAGGCAUAAGGAACUUGACGCAAUUGCGAAUAAAACUCGCGUCGACAAAACACACAGUCUUUUGGGGUUAACAAUCGAAAUCGACUUUGAUGAAUUUGGUUGGGCAUUGGCGUUAGAACAAACAAUGUUUUGUAUUCUUAUACUGAGCAGAUGGGUUCUUCCGCGCGGAGAAAUAAGUCGAAAUCAGUUGUCUCAACUUCUUCUUGUACAUGUCGGAAUGGCAGCAGAUAUUAUGGAGCUAUUCGAAGUGUUUGAAGAAGAAAAGAUUGUUGAAUAUCCGAACCUCAUAUAUCCUACGUUGUCGCUGUGGAGUUGGAGUUUGUUGCAAUAUUGUUUCGUUAUCACCAACACAAAUGCAAGAAAAGACAGGUUUGGAGGAACAGAAGAAGACGAAAAUGAAGCAGUUGACGGGAAAGUAGCGCGCUGUACUUGUCAUAUCAGUGACUGGAAUGCAGACGUUGUUGGAAUAUUCACAACAAUCUUAAUGCAGGAUCUUCCGUUCUUCAUUUUUCGAGUUUUUCUGCUUGGAGGUGUUGGGAUCCUAAGCCACAUGAUGGUGUUUUUCACAUGCAAGAAUGCACUGGUGAUUAUGUUGCAGUUGUACAGACUUGUUUCUAUUUAUCUGGAGAAAAACCAUUCUGAUGAGCCGGAAGAAAUUUCGAAUGUGCCAACAGUGAGCGACCCCGAACAAGGGCGUUCGGAUAAAAACCAUGUUGGGCCAAAACCACAAAAUUUAGAAAUCAAUACAAACAAUAAUGCUGUCCUACCAAGCGCAAUACCAUCCCCAGCAUUAGAAAAUGAAAACCUGCGCCAUUCCAAAAAUGCCUUUCAAGACUUUGAAGAUUAUGGUGCCUUAAAUGAUUGACAUUUCAGAAAGUUGUUGCUGGAAUUUGUACUCGCUGUGUACCAGAUUAAACGUAACUGUAUGCCACGGUGCGUCACCUUGUGAAAAUUGACCAAAUACAAUUACUUGAACGAUCAUAAUUCAUCGUCCCGAGAGCUAACAGAGAAAAUGUGACAAAGCAGCGGAUGAGUACUUUACCGAAGGCACAGGAUUAUUUUUUGGUGGGAGAUUCCGAUUAAAUGACUGAGAAACAUAUAUAUUACAAGUUCCCGUAUGUAAAACGCACUUCCGUUACAAUCUAAGACUAGAGUGAACUUUUUUUCAAUGUUAAGAAAAUUUUGUUAUGUUCAAUUUGAGCAGUGUAGCAGGGCAGACCAAACUUUAAUACUCCUUUUUAUUCAAAAAUAUAUCUAUGUCUGUAUAUGAUUUUAUUGUCUGCUUCAAUCUCAAUGCUAUUCUAUUUUAAAUGUUUGUGCAAAUAAUACGCAUAACUUUCCAUAAUAGAUCAAUGCUUAAUUAUACUGAAGAUGAACGCAAUAUGAAGACACUUCAUUUCAGAUAACAGUAGACACAAUUUGACGUCGUUGUGCAUGAAACUGCUAAAACUUGUCUAUUAUUGUGGUCUUAGUGCUGGUAUUUUGAUUCCUUUACUUUUUUAAUACUCGUGAACAGGAUUUGGCUAAAAUACCAAUUGUAUGCGAUAGCUUAUUUCUUAUAGAUAUCACUGACAAUAACUGGAAACACGAAAGAUUAAUAGUAA